CCCACCAUCCAGCGGGUGAGGACCGAGGAGCGGGAGCAGAUCAAGACCCUCAACAACAAGUUCGCCUCCUUCAUCGACAAGGUGCGCUUCCUGGAACAGCAGAACAAGGUCCUGGACACCAAGUGGACCCUACUCCAGGAGCAGGGCACCAAGACCGUGAGGCAGAACCUGGAGCCUUUGUUCGAGCAGUACAUCAGCAACCUCCGGAGACAGCUGGACAGUAUCCUCGGGGAGAGAAGCCGCCUGGACUCGGAGCUCAGGGGCAUGCAGGACCUGGUGGAGGACUACAAGAAAAAAUAUGAAGAUGAAAUCAACAAGCGCACAACAGCAGAGAAUGAAUUUGUGACUCUGAAGAAGGAUGUGGAUGCUGCCUACAUGAAUAAGGUGGAACUACAAGCCAAGGUAGACAGUCUCACAGAUGAGAUCAACUUCCUCAGAGCCUUCUAUGACGCAGAACUGGCUCAGAUGCAAACCCACAUCUCAGACACUUCUGUGGUCCUCUCCAUGGACAACAACCGUGACCUGGACCUGGACAGCAUCAUCGCCGAAGUCAAAGCCCAAUAUGAGGAGAUCGCUCAGAGGAGCCGGGCUGAGGCUGAGUCCUGGUACCAGAGCAAGUACGAGGAGCUGCAGAUCACAGCGGGCAGACACGGGGACGACCUGCGCAACACCAAGCAAGAGAUUUCUGAGAUCAACCGCGUGAUCCAGAGGCUGAGAUCUGAGAUCGACCAUGUCAAGAAGCAGUGCGCCAACCUGCAGGCCGCCAUUGCUGAUGCUGAGCAGCGUGGGGAGCUGGCCCUCAAGGAUGCCAACAAUAAGCUGGCUGGUCUGGAGGACGCCCUGCAGAAGGCCAAGCAGGACCUGGCCCGGCUGCUGAAGGAGUACCAGGAGCUGAUGAAUGUCAAGCUGGCCCUGGAUGUGGAGAUCGCCACCUACAGGAAGCUGCUGGAAGGCGAGGAGUGCAGGCUGAGUGGGGAAGGCGUUGGACAAGUCAACAUCUCCGUGGUGCAGUCCACCGUCUCCAGCGGCUAUGGCGGCGCCAGUAGUGUUGGCGGUGCCUUAGGCCUGGGUGGAGGCAGCGGCUACUCCUAUGGCAGCGGUCACAGCAUUGGAGGUGGCUUCAGUUCCGGCAGUGGCAGAGGCAUUGGGGGUGGCUUGAUUUCCACUGGGGGCGGCAGUUCCACCAUCAAAUACACCACCACCUCAUCCUCCAGCAAGAAGAGCUACAAGCACUGAAGUCCUGGCACCGGCACUCGGUCCCACGUUGUCUCAGGCCCCCUCUCCAGCUGCACUGUCCUCUCCUCAGGUUACUUCUUCUCUCCUGCUUCCUACUUCUCUUACUCUUCGAGUUAGAACUGAGGUUUCUGAGUGUCCUCAUUUCUCCUCUCUGCCUAUAUCUGCUCCGCCUGAGCUUCCACUGCUCACCACCAGAAGGUCGCUGCCUGGCUCCUACUCCAGAGCAGGGCAACUGCCCGUUGCUUCCACUGGCCCAGGGAUGCCCCAUCUUC